GACAAAUAGCCUGGGAGACACAUUAGAGGAAACACUGCUCCGCUGACAGACUGGGGAGAGAAACACGCUAAGAUAAGGAAGAAAGAGAAAAGUGGAAGAGGCAUGUGAUAUUUUCAGUCACAGAGCAGGAGAGAAAGGAAUCACAACUACUUGUUGAGAUGGAAACUGCUACCACUCCAGUCUUCCUCAAUGUGGGCACAAACCAGACCAACUCCUCAUCCUCAGCUAAGAAUGAGGAAGGCCUCAGCGGAACAGUCAUGAUCCUAGUGUGCAUGUACAUGUCCUUCAUCUUUGUGUUGACCGUCUUAGGCAACAUCCUGGUCAUAACAGCGAUGGCCCGGUUCCAGCGUCUCCAGAGUGUCACCAACUGCUUCAUCACAUCUCUGGCCUGCGCGGACCUGGUCAUGGGUCUCAUCGUGAUUCCUUUUGGCGCCUCCAACAACAUUUUUGGCACUUGGCACUUUGGUGUUUUCUGGUGUGAUUUCUGGACUGCCACGGAUGUGCACUGUGUGACCGCCAGCAUCGGGACCCUGUGUGUCAUUUCCAUAGAUCGUUAUUUGGCCAUUACUUCGCCCCUUCGUUACCAGUCAAUGUUGACAAAGACCAAAGCUCGGAUUGUGGUUCUUCUAGUGUGGGUGAUCGCAGCUUUGACGUCUUACCUGCCGAUCCACGCAGGGUGGUGGAGAUCUAAUAGCACAAAAGCCUUGGAAUGUCAAAACGACAUAUCCUGCUGCGAGUUCUAUGUCAACGAAUAUUAUGGAGUCAUCUCCUCUAUCAUUUCCUUCUACAUCCCUUUGAUCGUUAUGAUUUUUGUCUACGGCCGCGUUUUUUGUGAGGCCAGACGACAGCUGAAAAAGAUCAAACAAAGUGUUGGCCGCUUUCAGCAAAGCAACAAAGAUGAACUGAAAUCUAUGGAGGCCAACAAUAGCCGUGGACAAAAGAGGGCAAAGUUUUUCCUGCGGGAGCACAAAGCCCUAAAGACGCUGGGCAUAAUCAUGGGAGUGUUCACCCUGUGCUGGCUGCCGUACUUCAUCCUCAACGUGGUGGAGUCCCUAAAGCCGAUGGACGUCACUAUCGCCUUCAAGGUUCUCAACUGGAUAGGAUACUCGAACUCUGGCUUCAACCCAAUCAUCUACUGCCGGAGUCCUGAUUUCAGAUACGCUUACAUGGAAAUCCUCUGCUUGAACAGGAACCCCCUUAGCAACUCAGGACGUGUGAACGGAUACGUCUACAACAGGCACAGCUGGCAGAGCGAGUUUCGGAGGAGUAAGGGCAGCUUGAACGACAGUGACAUCAAUGAGAGGUGUCUGGUGAGAGGAGCCGAGGACUGUUUCAGUAAGGACAGGGCAGUGGACCCAAAUGGAAACAACAAAGAGGUAUCGACUCUAACGACCGCCCUGUGAACGUGGAGCUCUGAGACUUCAUUAAUCAGGGAAAUCAUCCAGAUGUGUUUACACUGCUGUUGAAAACUUUUAUUUACCAGACUGACUGACGAAGGUAAGGCCAGUCGAAGUGGUCCGCAGAGUCUUUGGUAACUGCUCAGAAGUAAUCAGGAUUACUCUGAGCCUAGAAAAGAAUUUCAGUGAAAUAUUACUGUAGAUAGCUCUUUGUUUGUUUGUUUGUUGUUUGUUUGUUUGUUUGUUUUACGUGGUUCAUAAGGAUUCCCCAUCUACCUCAUCACAGCUUUAUUCCUCUUGUCUUAAUGGACUGUAUUUCACCUCCUUAGUUCAACUAGGGCUGUGCCUCAGCUGUUCAUUUAUUCUAAUAAAUGGCCCAUCGAUGAAGUAAUUGCAGAUGAUCUAGUUUAAUUUAAAAUUUCUCGGUGUGUGGUUUUUGUUUUCAAAGAUGCCACAUUUUUUUCUACAAAUUGAUUUUGGUUUGAAUUUGCCUUCACGGCCUUUAAACCAAGACAUUGGCUGAUAAUAACAUGGAUGGUGUUCUGGAUCAUAGAACGAUACAUUCCCACUCUGCACCUCCGACUCUGGUGUGAUUGCAGGAGCAUUAGAGAGCAGCGAUGCACACGGCAGGAAACGGCUGUCUGCUGCUCUGGUGUCUUUCAGCCUGUUGCCUUUCAGUUUCUGUGUUCUGCAGAACAUUCCGGAGAUGUGAGCAGCUGCAGAUCUAGACCUCACUGAGAAAUGCCCGUGGGGCGUUUUCUGUUAAUGACAUGAUAAAACUUGAAAGUUUGUGUUUGUUGCAUUGUCUAGACAACAACACAAACCCUAUAGAUAUCUGAUAGCGUUGUAAAUGUAUUUAUGUAUUUAUUGUUUAAUGGCUUGCAAAUGCAUUGCCCCAAACUGGCCACAUUCUGUUAACAGUGCACGACACUCUCUGGUCCGUUGUGGAGCCGUUCGCGUGUCAGAAAACGAUCACUUUUUGUUAUUUAUGUUCCUUCUAUGCAAACGUUGCUGUUGCGCUCCGGGUUGCUCAAGUCUUGUUAGCUUGUAAAACUUCGUGGUUGUUGUGUUUCAGUUUGUGUAACUGCAACUGGACACGCCAUUUCCUCAAAUCACAAGGGUACAAACAACACAUAAAUAAUAAUAAUAAUAAUAAUAAUAAUAAUAAUAAUGGCAUCAGUAUAGCUUCAUAAUAAAUUCUGGGUCCAAAUUUCGGAGGUGACAACAAGCCCAUAAACAGAAAGUCCUUCACCGCUCCUACUGAGUGCACCUUUGUCAGCGCCUCCCGAUGCUUCCCAGACUCCUCUCUGCAUACAUGGAUGUCUGACAUCAGCGUAACAUCUGGAUACAACCUUCAGGAGUCCGCGGAGCCUCAGCUGUUCCAGUUGCUUCACUUUGUUUCAGUCAGGCUCCUUUAAACGCUUCUGGGUGUGCAGUUUCCAGGAAACGCCUCCAUCCAGCUGAGACCAGCCUCAUUAAACAUAAAUAAACACAUUAUUCCUGAAGUUUGAAAGGAGAUAAGUCCUUAAAAGAACGUCGAAGCAGACGAGCAGAUCAAAAAGUCGAGGGUUUUGCAGUUUGCUUGUUGUGAUGUGAUCCGACCUGAAAGUAGACUAUCACCUAUCACCACGUCUCGUAGGAACGUUUAUUUUCUACUGAGGUUGUGAUGGACAUCGAGCACUUAGCAUGUCAGACUUUGGAGAGUUAACUCUUUUUUCUUCACAGUAAGUUGCUUGUGAGGUCAUUAUGUUAAACAGAGGUACUGAAGGUGUGAGCCGCCUUUUCCUCUGGCAGUUGGGCUGUCUCUGCACGACCAGAUCAAAGUGACAGCACACUGAAGUUAGAUUUAAAGUCAGGGGUGAGUGUGUGAAGGGGAGGACCAGGGACUCUCUGCCAGUCUUAAAGGGUGUUAGCGACCUGUGUUUUAGUGCACGUAGCGCUGGAGCCAGAUCAGCUGACACUGACAAAGCUGUGAACUUUGUUCUUUUUGAGGAAAUCUCAGUUUACUGUGACUCAGAGCUUCGGUCAGCGUUCUCAUCACAGAGCCCAGGAAUAGACGCAAAUACGGUGUCCCUGCAUGUCAAUGUUCGCCAUGUGGAAAACAAGCAUGCUGGUCUUUUUCUGUUUUCUAUGUCUGCCCAUUUACAGCAAAGUAAACUGAACGUCAUCAUAAACGAUCUGCUUUAUUUUUGUGCACAAAUCUGGAAAAGAUGUGAGACCAAGUUUUUGAUAAAUGAGUUCAUGAAUCGGAGAGGUUGGCACUAUAAAAACAAAGUGUGCUGCUUUCUUUGAAAGUCUUUAACGUGUGAUUCUAGAAGCACUGUGCAAGAGAACAUUUGCAUGUCUGUUUUGUGUUUGUAGUGUAUUUGUGGACCUCUGUGCAUGUUUUCUUUUGAAAGCGACCCUUUUGAUGCAAAGCUUUUUGAGCUACACUUCCACACUGCUCCCUCCUGGCGGCGGCCUGUCUGUGCACCUCAGCAGUGCAGUUAUUAAUGGUUACUGUUGGUCAAGAGGGUAGUAAGGAGCGCGCUGCAUGCCCUGAGGACACAACACAGUUAUGUGCAAUGAGUCUUGAAUGAUGAGCCGUUACAACGACAUUCCAGGCACAGCUAGUGUUUAAUACGGCGAUGCACAUUCAGGUCUCCCACCAUCUUGUCUCAGACUACCCACUUUUUAUAAAGUCCACCAAAACAAAAGUGUCUUUUGAAAGAGCAUCGUGGGUUAGCAUGGGCAAGCAAAGGUUGUAUUAAUAUUUGGAGUACACAGAUCCCAGAUAUUUCAGGGUAACUGAAUGCAGUACAUCAGGCUCUGACAUGUGUUAAUGUGAUUCUACAUUAGAGGGAAUGUCAGGGAUUCACUUUUGUUUUUACAUGAUAAACAACUCCCUUGUGAUUUAUAUGAAGUCAUCCAUCUACCUAAAGCAGCACUUUGAUGACGCAUUCAGGAGAGACGUUCAGAAUCCGAACACAAACUUGAGGUGAACUAAAUAAAAAAUGUCCUUUCACUUGUAUCAUAACAUUUUCCUGGAAGCUCCCUCUGCGGUCUGCGACUCGGAAUCAAAAGUCAUGAGAAACGAGUCGCUGCAGCAUCUCAGCGCUGAUGGAUUUCAUUUUAAAGUCAGUCAGUUCACAGGAGUCCACGUCUGGAAAUGUGAAUGAUCUGCGUAGCUGUGGCAGUCACAUCGAGAGCAGACCUGUUAUAUGUGAACCUUUCUUUAAUACUGGAGUGAAAACGUCCUCACUCAGCUGAAUGUUUACUAAAUGUUUGCUAGCUAUUUUUCGCACAAAUUGUUGUUGUUUGCCGAUGCCUGUUAUGAGAUAUGGUGCCCAGUGGUAUUUAUUUAUAAAACAUUUGUGAUGUAACACUUCUAUUGAAAUAAAUUAUCUCCAUGUUG